GCAUAUUAUAGUUAGCACGUUCUUAUAGUUGGCACUGUAGAACAGCGUUAACAAUAACACUGCUAACACUGUACUGUAUAAUAGUUAACAAUAUAUUAUAGUUAAGACUGUAUUGUACUGUGGAUACCACUGUUUUAUAGAUGCCAAUGUAUGCUUAACACGGUACAUUAUGCAAUCGUUAGCACUGUAUUGUAGUCGACUGUGUUUAUAGGUAGCUGUAUCAAGGACGAAAAAUAGAGCACCUGCGUGUGUAGAUGCUGCGAUCUGUUUGGUCUAUUUUGCUAAGCAGGGCGGAGGGGGGAGAGACCCAUAAACAUACUCAAAAUCAUAGCAUUUCGACCCAAAUGACAAUAUUAUCCAUGCGCUUGUUACAACGAUUCGUUUCUUUUUAAUAAUUUUCCUUGUCAGGUUAAAUGAUCGUGAAAGUCACGAUGACGUCGGUUUUUGUACGCGCAAUACAUCUAGAGCAUGUUAAUAAUAAGGAUUAGUGGGGAGUACGAGGGUGCAGGGGCUUCGGGAAUGACUUUUACCACAAGAGAGCAUGAUUAACGACCCUUCUCUUUCGGUCACGCCCCUUGUUUGUGCGGUUCAUUUCGGUGAAAAGGCAGGUCCGUCUUACAGAUAGACAGAUUGGUUGACGGCUGGGCGUUAAUCAGUAGCUACCACACCUGUGUGUUGUACCUAGACCAAGGUCCAUUGCUGGAAACACAGCCGGCCCGCAACGCCAGUAUCAACAUCGUGGACGACGUGAACCCACACCAUCUUUCAGGACUGUAAUGUGGCUUCUCUGAACACCUCCCUCCUCCUCCUCCUCCUGCUGCUGCUGAUUGACCUGUCGCGGAAAUAAACGGGCUUCCCGUUCCUCCUCCUGCCGCGGCGCCUCUCUCUCUGCUCUGUCUUACCGUCGGCCUUUGGUGCCGCAGAGCGGCGGCUCCUCCUCAACUCAUUUCGACAGCGGACGCUCCAGCUCGGCUCUGACACCUGAUCAGUAUCGACGCUUCUUUCGUCGAUGUGGGACUGAAGAAGAUUAUCGUGUGUGUGUGUGUGUGUGUGUGUGUGUGUGUGUGUGUGUGCAUUAUAAUGCCAGCACAUUUGAGGUUUCGAAGAAAGUCAUUCCUGGGGCUAAUUUUCCUGUUUACGCUGUCCACCUCCGCAUUAUACUUCUUGUACUCGGCCCCUGGAAUCGUGAAUGAGUACAUGUUCAUGGUUCAGGCCAGGGGGAUCCAGAUCAGAGAGAACGUGAGGAAUAUUGGUGCACAAGUUCUGGAGCAGGUGGUGAGAGGAGCAUACAGUCUUAACGGCACUGGUGAGCAGCUAACAGACUAUGCAUAUGACUUCAAUCUGAGUGACAGUGAAGUCCCUCCCCCCACCUACCUCCCUGAUGACUUCACCUUCCUCCCAUCACAGCUGUGUCCUGAGAGACUGCCGUCCAUGAAGGGCAGGAUGUUGGUGAACAUGAGUGAAGUUUCUCUGGAGGAGGUGGAGACAUCUUUAUUAGAGGCAGAGCCCAGCACAGCUCCUGGAGGAUUCUGGAAGCCCACAGACUGUUUACCCCGAUGGAAGGUGGCCAUCCUGGUACCGUUUAGGAACCGCUUUGAACACCUACCCAUUCUCCUCAAACACCUUGUGCCAGUGCUGCAGAGACAGAGGCUGCAGUUUGCUUUUUACGUCAUUGAGCAGAGGGGCAUGGAGCCAUUCAACCGAGCCAUGUUGUUCAACGUGGGCUACAAGGAGGCCAUGAAGGAUGAGCACUGGGACUGUCUGAUCUUUCAUGAUGUGGACCACCUAGUGGAGAAUGACAGGAACUACUACGGCUGCACACACAUGCCACGGCAUUUCGCAGUCAAGCUCGACAAGUACUCGUACAUGCUUCCAUACAAUGAGUUCUUUGGUGGUGUCAGUGGGCUGACAGUGGAGCAGUUUAGGAAGAUUAAUGGAUUUCCCAAUGCAUUCUGGGGGUGGGGAGGAGAGGACGAUGACCUUUGGAACAGAGUUCAACUGGCAAACCUGACGGUGAGCCGACCGCCAAGAGAGCUGGGCCGAUACAUGUCAAUCCAACACCACCACCGUGGGGAAGUCCAGUUCCUUGGGAGGUUCAGUCUGCUACGCCACUCAAAGGAACGACAGAGAGUUGAUGGUCUGAACAACCUCAACUACUCCCCCCUGGUGUCCAAGAGGCUGCUGUACACAAACAUCAGCGUCAGCCUGAGCAGAAACCUUGCGCCUGUGGCCGACUACUGAUGAUGUUGUUUCUCUCUUCACUUCACCCUGUUUAAACAAACAUGUAGUAAGGACAAAAAGACACAUGUGGGACCAAUCACAGAAUGAAUCCAGAUGGACAUGAGUCUUUAUCAUCAUCAUCUUCAUCAUGGUUUACCUCAGCCUUCAGCUCCUGUUUAUUCUCUCAUUCAUUUUUUACUCUCACUCACCACAAAAGUCAGUCAGUAAGGACAUCACAGCUGCUCAGGGUGUUGUAGGUAUAUAACACUGAAAGAGGUGAGGCAUUCACACACACAGUCCUGAUGUAUGCAGUAUAAAUUUAAUGUGUGUGUGUGUGGCCAGUGUUUGUCCUCUUGACUGACAGGUUCUUUGUUUGUGUCUUGUGAUACAGACAGGAGGCUGAGCUGUAGGUGGAGAUGAAGAGAUUGAGAUUAAUCAGGAUUACAAAUGAUCAGACAAUGAAGUAAUACCCUAGGUGAAGGUGUUGGGCAUGUGCUGAAGAGGGCUAGUUGGUGAUGCAGCUACUGGGAUGGAGAAGAUUCAUGGAUUGUGUAUAGAGGAGGUGGAGAUGGUGGUGGAAGAGUGGAGGAGGCAGAUGUUCAGCCUGAGGAACAAGGAGCAGAAGAAGGAAAUGUUCUUUAAAGUUUACUUUAAUGUUUACUAAUGAGAACUUCAAGCAGAAAACACCUUAGAAUACUUAACUACACGUACUACAUGAAGACAUCUGGACUUUGACAGUAGAUAGUCAAACAUUGAAUUGAAGGAAACUAAAUUCUAAACUGAGUUCAUUAUAAAUUAUUGAUCUUUUUAUAAAGUCUGUUGUUGAUGUUCCCCUGUGUUAAUGCCCCAGGGUUUAUUUCCAGCAGAAGUGCAGAUGAAUGAAUCAGCCGCUGCUGUGUGUGUGUGACUCCACACAGUGUCUGUAUCACAUGACUGGGCUCAUUUCAUCAAAUUAAAAUUAAUUCAAACCUCAACAAAAAAUUCUAGAAACCCAGACUGUCGGCAUUUGCAGUAUCAGAGUAGCCAGCAGGGGUCAGCUGUGGUGUACACAGAUCUGAUGAUUACAUAGUACACAAAGGUGUGUGUGUGUGUGGCGCUCUUUAAAAGGGAGGCGGGACUUCUCUUUUUUAUUUCUUCUUUUGACAAUUUUUUGGACAAAAAAGUUCAGUUUUCAUUUGUUGUGUUGUUGAUGUGAUGACAUGUUUGACAAAGAAGGAGAUUCCUCCUGUUCCUCCAGCUCGCUCUCCUCCUUCUCCUGCUCCUCCACCUUACCUGACACAGGUGUGCUACAGAAACAGUCAUGUGACUCAGACACAAUAACACCGGUGUCUGUCAUGGCUGACAUAGUAGUCAUGUUGGUCAUGUUUGUUUACAUCCAGAGACUGUCAGAAGUUUGUUCCAGCAAACAGAGCGAUGAUUUCAUCUGUCUUUAAUGCUUUAAAAAACCAUGUAUAUUAUUGGUACUAAAACAUGGAAGCAGCUGAGAAACACACCUGUGUGUGACAGGUGACCGUUUCCACCUGAGGUGACCUUAUCCACCUGACCCCACAAUGAACAGGUCACCAAUGAGUCCACUUACCAUCUCAUGUCAUUGUUGGCAUGGUGACCAGAGCAUGUUGUUGAGCCUUUGUUCUUUUGUGUUGCUGACUGUGGGUUCUGAACCCAUCUGCUGACUGUGGGUUCUGAAAUCAUCUGCUGACUGUGGGUUGUGAACCCAUCUGCUGACUUUGGGUUCUGAACCCAUCUGUUGACACUGGGUUCAGACCCCAUCUGCUGACACUGGAUUCUGAACCCAUCUGCUGACUGUGGGUUCUGUACCCAUCAGCUAACACUGGGUUCUGAACCCAUCAGCUGACACUAGGUUCUGAACCCAUCAGCUGACACUGGGUUCUGAACCCAUCAGCUGACAGACGUCGUCUAACAGUUUACAUGAAGGGACUGUUCCCUGAUGAGACUGUGGCCUUAAAUUGUCUUGAUUUAUUGCAGUGUUUUGUUUAGUUUUUUUUUUUUUACUCCAGUUGUUUUUAAGAAAUAAUGUUUAAACUGAAAAGGUGUGAAGCUACGUCAUGAUCACUGUGUAAAUAUUGUUGUUUGUGAUUUUAACAGUGGUCUCAGGACACUAGAGAUGACAAGGUUUGGUUUUUUUGAAGGGUCAGAGAGUGGGGCCAUGGUCCUACUGUCAAAGUUCUCACUGCAGAACCAAAAAUGUGACCAUCAUCCCAGCAUCAAGGUCAUGAUGACACUUCCCAUCUGUCUUAGCACCCCCCCCCCUUUAGACCAAUGAGCUUCAGCUUCUCAAUGGACCUCAUUUCCAAGUUUACCCUCGGAGCUGCUCUUGUCUUUGACAAGGGAUCGGUGUCAUAUUACAAAACGUCACAACAGCAUUUUGACUGGUGAAUACAUUCCUAAUGCAGAGAAUCAGAAGCUCUGUCACCACAGGCAUUAUUCAUUCAUAUUAGAGUGUAAAUUUAAGGGGAGUUUUAAGGCUCACCUAGGAGAACUUCCCUGAAGGAGAGGACUGUGAAGUUUACUGUUGUUGUAAAUGAGCGCUGGUUCUCGACAGUCUUUAAACACUAAUCAUUGUAAAUACCUGUGUCUUUGAUCCACAGGGUGAUGCCAGCCACCCGACUACAAACAUUCAUUUAAAUCCAGUGAUCCCAGCUCAGGCUGUAGUUCGUAUUGUUUGUAUUUUAUUAAACUGUUAUUUUUGUAUCAAAGGAAACAACAAUAAUAAACCAGUGAAUUUUCUCAGUGAGUAUUGGGAGAAGC